CUUUCCAUCUCUACCAGAAGAAGGUUAUCAUUAGUAUCAUCUCUAAUGGCUACACAAAGUGUAGACGUAGGCACACAGGGGCAUUUCUGUUUCAGUAAGUUGCAGAAAAAUACGAAUCACUGAUGCAUUUUUUUCAUGUCUUAUGAUUAACUUCGGCAAAUGAAGGCAUUUUCUAAUAAGUUCAAUACAUUUUUAAAAUAUUGUUGAAUAACGUUUUAAUAUUUGGAUUCCGUCUGAUUUUUAUAGGGCUCUACAUAUCAUGUUUAGUGUCUUUGGAUAAGAGGGUAAUUAACCACAUACCCCUCAUUAACCAUUUGUUAACUUUUCAUUUGAAACUGAAUACCUGUUUUUAGAGACAGUAAACCUAGGCUAGAACAAGGACAGUUUAAUAUUUACCUUACGGAGGAUGGAAUAAAGUCAUUAUAUUAUGUUCUACUCUAUUCUUGCUAACACACUGUUCUUUCUAAAGAAGUCUGGUCUUAGCUUGAAAGAUAGUGCUCAUGGAGAGAUUUGAUGUAUAACGUAAUAAGCGGUACCGUAAUUCAACGGACAGCGCGCAUUCCUUUUCCAUUUAAGGACAGCCUUUGAGCUAUGACGCCAACCAAUAAGAUCCCUUCUCUUUAGUGCGAAGUUAAUAAGGCUUAGUGAACGGAAUUGUAGUGGCCAAGAACAAUUUCCGCGUUAACGUUUUUGUUAUUUAGACGUUUAUUGACACCCUGGAACUCAAAAUAUGAAAGGUUUAACUGCGCAGCAGCACAUAUAUACCUCAGGUAGUCUUUGAUUCGCGUUGGAGACAGGACUUGGUUGAUAGAUGUUAUCUAGGUAGCUAGCUGCUAACGUUAGCUAACAACGAUGGCUAACUGUAUGGUUUUUCACACUCAAAUAGCCUCCAUCAUGGAGAUGCUAGCGAAUGCAGCCGUGGCAGAGAUCUGUAAACUCGUAGACGACGACUAUGCAGUGUUUCGUUUGGAAAUAACUCAAAGCCAGAAAGAAAACAGGGGAUUGCGGAGGAAACUACAGCUACUGGAACUGAAGGUGGCACGGGAGCGCGCAGAAAGGACAAUUAGAGAGCGCGUCCUUGCCAGUCGUCCCAGUAGCGUCAAGAUCCUCGACCGAUACAGAGGAAUAGCAAGAGGUGAAGGCCACAGGAGCUUUGCGAAGCCAGCGGGACACAACGCAUGGAGAGAUGACCAACCCAUAGCUAUAGAUGAGGGGAGUGGAACCUCAACCCAGCAUGUUAUCGUGAUAGAGUCUGCAGAUGCAGAGGCUGCAGGUCCUGGGGUCAAGCUGGAGAGGUCUGAAGGAGAGGAGGACCCACAGCACAGUAAAGACAUCCAGUCUGGAGCAGUGGCUGGAGUGGCGCCCCCUGUAGACACGGAGGACCUCGCCACCGCUGCAGCGCCCCAGCCCAGGACCCGACGCAGCAUCACGGAGGAGGAGGAGGGUCCAGAGGUGCUGCUGGUGAAGGAGGAGGGGUGUGAGGAGGGUCUGGGGAACCCUGAGGGGACCAUGGUCAUGGAGGACAACCAGACUACACCUCCUCCUGAACCCACAGAGGAACCAGCUGAGCAGCACAGGACCACACACAGUCUCACUGAGUCAGUAGACAUGGAGGAUGGGAAGCCUGAUCUGCUGCUAGUCAAAGAGGAGACAAUAGAAGACGGACCAGAGAGCAUUGAUCUGCUGAGUGGACUAAAGAUGGGGGAGCAGGGUGGUUGGCUGGAGGCUAACAGAGGAGACUGGGUGGCCAUCUUGGAUUCCCAGACCCAGACGGGUGCAGCCAAGGGCCCAGGGGACAACAUCACUGAGCAGGCCAGGACCAGAGGCGACAUAGUGGAGGUCAGUGGAUGGGACAUCGUCCUCAACUCUGGGCUGGUGAACAACACUGUUAACCACAACCAGAAACAGACAGUUGAACACAAAACAACAUCCGAACUUAGUCUCCAUGACAACAGACUGUCUGAGACCAGGGCGAGGCGUAGAGUUGGUCUGCAUGGAUGGGGAGGUGUCCAUAUGCGGCGGGAGAGAACAGACACAGACUUGGCUAGCGAUGCUCCGUCCUGCUCCUAUAGUUGUGAUUCAGAGAGACUGAUGGUGCCUCAGGUUAACCCCCUAACAGGUGUUGCCUUCAGCCUGCCUUCUAUAGGAUCUAUCAACUGGAACAUGGACCCUGCGACAACACAGACACUCCCUGGCCUUCAUCCUCCUCACACUCUCCUAAUGUUAAACCAGACCUCAGACAAUGCCAGUGCCUCAACACUGAGUGGCUACACAAGCCCAUUAACAAAUGACAGUAGUAGAGAUGGAAUCAGUAAAGGUGGCGGCGCCAAAGAGAAGCGCUUCCCGUGUUCGUUCUGUGGGAAAGCCUUCAGUUUCCCCAAUCAGGUGAAGAUCCACCAGAGGAUGCACACGGGGGAGAAACCGUUCGGCUGCCACUUGUGCCGGGACAGCUUCUCCCAUUUGUCCAGCCUGAAGCGGCACCAGAGAGUCCACACAGGGGAGAAACCAUACAGCUGCCCCCAGUGUGAGAAGAGGUUCUCCCACCAGCACCGCUUGAAGAUACACCUGAAGAUCCACAAGGGAGAUGGGCCGUUCACCUGUACACACUGCAGGAAGAGGUUCUCAGAGAGGAGCUUCCUCAGGAUACACCAGCAGAAAAUGCACACGGCCCAUGUAUAGAGUAUAGUGACAUGUAAUAUAGUACUAGUUAGUUUGUUUGUAGUUAAUUCUGUUGGUUUUGAAUGUAGUAGGGAACUGGAUGAGGUAAACAGAGGAAAGAAUGAGUAUGAUGAGGCAGAGUAGAUGAUAUGGUGGUGGUUGGUGGCAUGGUGUCUGUAAAAAAAUUUCACUGAUGGAAAGUGACAACUAUGUCCCUUUAGGUUGAUACAGGUGUUUUAUAGUGAGAUAAGGAUGGUGCCUUAAUUGAUGUUUACUUGACAUGAUGUAGUGAAGAUUUCUGUAAUGUGAUGUUGAACCUUUUCCAAAGUCUUAUAAAAUUAACUUGAUCAAAGUGAAGGUACCAGAUUGACAGAAAAGGUAAAGUGUUACCAUAGUGAAAAAAGAUAUUCUACUUGCCACGUAUCGAUUUGUGCAAUAAAAGUACUGUACUUCA